AUGUACACUGCAGGCCUUGCAUGGAUUUUGUCGGUCAUUGUUGCGUCAUCGUACGUGGUGGCAAUCCGAUGGCGCGUUCCUGGUAGUAUAGGUGCUCUUCCUCGGGAUCAUCCCUCGGUUAUACGAUUCCGGUUUUAUCGAGUAUCAAUUUUAUGCAUGUCUCUCUUAACAGGACUUCCUUGCAUAUUGACAGCUACAGGUGCAUACACCAGUAUAAAAGAGGUAUUUUCAGCAUUCUAUUUCAAACCCAAUGGUAUACCGUCUGCCCUCAUUCUCCUGCUCGUGCUCUACUGUGGUCCAAUUGCAAAUUACAUCUAUAUUACAAGGCUUCAGGAUUUAGGCCCAGACACCAUAUCCACAUUUUUCACCCUCGAUGGAUUGCGAGAUCACGUGUUCGCCCCGGUGACGGAAGAGGUAAUAUAUCGUUCGAUGAUUAUGGCAUGCUUACUUCCGGUGGUGGGCCCAAAUUCAAGUAUAUUGUUCUCGCCACUAUUGUUUGGCAUAGCGCAUAUUCAUCAUGCAUACGAAUUGAUAAUUGGUGGACUGCUGCCAUUGUCGGUUGCAGUGCCAACCGGGUUCCAGAUCCUGUAUACAACCCUCUUUGGCGUCGCGGCCGCGAAAAUGUUUGUGGGGUCGCGAAGUGUGUGGUGUCUGGUUGUGCUUCAUAUGGUCUGCAAUGUAGGAGGAAUUCCUGGUCCGCCAACAGGUGGAAAUACUUGGAAAUUUGUGUACGUUUUCUUGUGUAUUGCGGGACUUGGUGUGUUUAUUUGGGAAACCUGCAAAUGCAAAUUGCAAAUAUUAUAA